AUGUCGAUUUCCACAACUAUAGCUAGAGGAACGAGCAAACUCUUGUCAAAGGCAGCUCUAACCCCGGCAUGUUCUUCUGUUCAUCUUUCAACUCAAGCUGACCAGUCUACUAAUCUGAAGGAGGUUUUGGCGAAAAAGAUCCCCGCACAUAAUGCGAAAGUGAAGGAAUUUCGGAAGGAGCAUGGUGCAACUGCCGUUCAACAAGUCACUAUCGACAUGAUCUAUGGUGGAAUGCGCUCUAUGAAAGGCAUGGUAACGGAAACCUCUGUGCUUGAUCCAGAAGAGGGCAUUCGAUUCCGAGGGUAUUCCAUUCCGGAAUGUCAAAAAAUGUUGCCUAAGGCAUCUGGUGGCGAAGAGCCAAUUCCAGAGGGAAUAUGGUGGCUCUUGUGCACUGGUGACAUCCCAAAUGAGAAGCAGACGUCAGCCAUUACUCGAGAGUGGAACGCUCGUGCAGACCUACCAGCUCAUGUUGUUCGAAUGCUCGAUAAUUUCCCGGACAAUCUGCAUCCAAUGGCUCAGUUUGUUUCGACAAUCGCGGCUCUAAACAAUGAGAGUAAAUUUGCGGCAGCAUAUGCUCGUGGUGUUUCAAAGUCCAGCUACUGGGAAUAUGCUUAUGAAGACUCAAUGGAUUUGCUCGCUAAGCUGCCAACUGUAGCUGCUAUCAUUUAUCGUAAUCUCUAUCGUGACGGAUCUGCCGUUGGCGUAAUCGAUCCAAAAAAAGACUGGUCUGCCAACUUCUGCUCAAUGCUUGGUUAUGAUGAUCCCCUCUUUUGUGAGCUGAUGCGCCUCUACCUUGUGAUUCAUUCUGACCAUGAAGGCGGUAAUGUUUCCGCACAUACCUCACAUCUUGUUGGAUCCGCUCUUUCUGACCCCUACCUCUCCUUUUCUGCUGCAAUGUCGGGACUUGCUGGACCACUGCAUGGACUUGCGAAUCAAGAGGUGCUUGUUUUCCUGAACAAAAUUGUUAGUGAGUUAGGAUUCAACUACACUGAGGAACAACUCAAGGAUUGGGUGUGGAAGCACUUGAAGAGUGGGCAGGUUGUUCCUGGCUAUGGUCAUGCUGUGCUUAGGAAAACUGACCCACGCUACGAAUGUCAACGACAAUUCGCGCUGAAGCACCUUCCUAAAGAUGACUUAUUCAAACUUGUUUCGAAUCUCUACAAAGUCACACCGGACAUUCUCCUCGCUCAGGGCAAAGCAAAGAAUCCAUGGCCGAAUGUUGACGCUCACUCUGGUGUACUUCUGCAGUACUUUGGCAUGACCGAAAUGUCCUUCUACACUGUUCUCUUCGGAGUAUCUCGAGCUCUUGGAUGCCUUUCCCAGCUGAUAUGGUCUCGUGGAAUGGGUCUCCCUCUUGAACGACCCAAGUCUCAUUCUACUGACGGAUUAAUGAAGCUUGCUGCCAGUGCGGGAAAGAAGUAG